AUGAGUUUUAAUUUGUUAACACAUGACCACAGAAGAGGAAAAAAGCAUCAGUAUAGUGCCAAAGACAUUCAAGUUUUAGAAUUAGAAAGUAUUGAAAUGGUUCGCAAACGACCAGGAAUGUAUGUUGGUUCAACCGACGAGCCAGGUUGGCAUCAUCUUUUUCAAGAAGUAAUUGAUAAUUCGAUUGAUGAAGCCGUCGCUGGCUAUUGCAGUGAAGUCAAAAUAAUUCUUUCGUCUGACCAAAGAACUAUUACUAUUGAAGAUAAUGGGCGGGGCAUUCCGAUUGAAAUCCAUCCCGAAACUCAAAAAAGCACCCUGGAAACUAUUUUUACUGUGCUUCACUCGGGGGGCAAAUUUGAUAAUAAAGUUUACAAAACUUCGGAAGGACAAACGGAAUUUUGCGAGUUUCAAGAAGGUAUUUUGGUAAAUUCCGAAAUUACUGAUACCCCAGAAGUUGAAAAUGGUAUUGCCGUUGUCUUUACUCCGGAUCACAAAAUUUUUCGUGAAUUUACUCACUUCAAAACUGAAAAUAUUCAAAAUCGUCUCCAAGAAUUAGCUCACCUUAAUCCCAAGCUUACUUUGCUUUUCUUUCCCAAUCCCGAAGCCGAGCCAACUGUCUAUCAUUUUGAAACCGGUUUGGCUGAAAAUUAUUUUUGCCUUAAUUUUGCUUUCCAGUAUAACCAAGAAUACCACAAGAACAUAAUCAAAUCUUUUUGUAAUAACAUUAGUACAGCGGGCGGAGGUACUCAUGCUGAGGGCUUUGAAGAUGAAGACGUAUUAGAAAGUUUAACGGCUAUUGUUGCGGUGCAGAUGACUGAACCUGAAUUCACUGGACGACCCAAGGAUCGAUUGGCCAACAAAGAAGUGCAAGAAAUUGUGAAAAACAUCACCUUAGAUUUGUCGCGUAAAAAAAGAAUGAUUAGCCCAACUAAAAAAUGGAAUUGGCAGACCGGAAGAAAACCGUCAUG